UCUUUUUCCUUCAGUUGUUUUUAAGCGAUCUUCGCGACACAACGAACAGCGGAGUUAAAAGCGGCCAAAGAGAGAGAGGAGCCAGCGUGAGAGAGCAAAGCGAAUAUCGAGCACAAAGCGAAGCGCGCAACACGUGAAGCCGCAGCAACAAAGCCGCAAAUUGGUUUUAAUUUCGUUUCUAAAAGUCGAGCAAACAACAUCGAGAUGUCGACCGCAACAGCAACUACAUCCAUUGAGGGCUACAAGCUGGGCAAGAUCCUUAUCGAGGGCAAGACCAAGCAGGUGUACGAUCUGCCUGAGAAGCCAGGACUAUGUCUGCUCCUGAGCAAGGAUCGCAUCACCGCCGGUGACGGUGUCAAGGCCCAUGAUUUGCAGGGCAAGGCGGAGAUCUCCAAUACCACCAACGGUCAGGUGUUUCGGCUGCUCAACGAGGCGGGUAUUCGCACCGCAUAUGUGAAGCAAUGCGGCGCCAAGGCCUUCAUCGCCCGCAAAUGUGAGAUGAUACCCAUCGAAUGGGUGACCCGUCGCCUGGCCACCGGUUCGUUCCUCAAGCGCAAUGUUGGUGUUCCCGAGGGCUACAGAUUCUCUCCCCCCAAGCAGGAGACUUUCUUCAAGGACGAUGCCAACCAUGAUCCCCAGUGGAGCGAUGAGCAAAUCAUUUCGGCCAAAUUCGAGCUAAAUGGCCUAACUAUAGGCCAAGAUGAGGUAGACAUUAUGCGUCGUACCACCCUGCUGGUCUUUGAAGUCCUGGAGCGUGCCUGGCAGACCAAGAAUUGUGCUCUCAUCGACAUGAAAGUGGAGUUCGGUGUGGAUGCCGAUGGCAAUAUAGUUCUGGCCGAUAUUAUAGACUCGGAUUCAUGGCGCCUUUGGCCGGCCGGUGACAAGCGUCUAAUGGUCGAUAAGCAGGUCUAUCGCAAUCUGGCCUCGGUAACGGCCAGCGAUUUGGACACGGUCAAGAGAAACUUCAUCUGGGUGGCCGAACAGUUGGCCGAUAUUGUGCCCAAAAAGGAUCAUCUGGUUGUGGUGCUCAUGGGCAGUGCUUCGGAUACUUCGCAUAGCGAAAAGGUGGCCACCAGUUGUCGUUCGUUGGGUCUGAAUGUGGAGCUACGUGUUACCUCCGCCCACAAGGGACCUGAGGAGACCCUGCGCAUUGUCCGUGAAUACGAAUCGGUGAUGUCCAAUCUAAUCUUUGUGGCCGUUGCGGGACGUUCCAAUGGCCUGGGACCCGUCAUCUCUGGCAGCACCAAUUAUCCGGUAAUCAACUGUCCGCCCGUCAAGUCGGACAACAUGCAGGUGGAUGUUUGGUCAAGCCUGAAUCUGCCAUCGGGCUUGGGCUGUGCCACGGUCCUCUAUCCCGAGGCGGCUGCCCUGCAUGCGGCCACUAUUUUGGGACUGGGCAACUUUAUGGUCUGGUCGAAGCUGCGUGUCAAGGCGCUGAAUAAUUUUAUUACCUUGAAGAAGGCCGACAAGGAGUUGCGCGGCGUUCGUAAUGCCUAAAGGAUAUCGAUCAGCAAGGAGAGUGGCUCUUGGAGAGUUGUUCUUGGAGAGUUGAUCUUGGAGAGUGGCUCUUGGAGAGUGGCUCUUGGAGAGUGGCUCUUGGAGAGUGGCUCUUGGAGAGUGGCUCUUGGAGAGUAGCUCUUGGAGAGUGGCUCUUGGAGAGUGUCUCUUGGCCAUAUCUGCAUUCUUCCUUUGUUGUUUAUUAUUCUUUCCUCUCUUUUUUUUCUACUUUUUUUAUAUUUUUAUAUUUUUUUGUAGUUUUUAAGAAAGCAUGACUUGAAGUUGUACCCAGCAUUGGGUAACUCGAAAUAUAAAUAAAAUUCAUAAUAAAACAAUAA